AUGGCUUUCAUGGUCUCCAACAAGCCUCUGUUUACAUUGAUGUCCGUAGCCGAUGCAGCUACAUGGUACUGUGCCCUUGUCCUUCUUGCUCUAAUAUUGCUUACUUCUUUAAGAGAGGCAUCUCCCACAUACGAUGAUGGUCGUCACCAUGAUGUUGUCGUUGAAGGCAAUCAAACAUUUUACCGGCCGUGUGAUGAAAUUUAUGUUGUGAAAGAAGGAGAAACCCUUCACACCAUCAGUGAUAAGUGCGAUGACCCUUUUAUAGUGGAGGAGAAUCCCCAUAUUCAUGAUCCUGAUGAUGUUUUUCCCGGUCUUGUUAUCAAGAUUACUCCCUCAAGGUCUAGGAAAUUAUUGCGGUAG